CUUACCAGUCGGUCUUCAAAGAAACAAAAAUAAAGUGCCAGAAUUGAGUGUGUUCAAAUAAUUCGAGUUAAUAUUAAAUAUUAAAUAAUCGUUUGCAAAAGUUAAGAGAUGCAUUUUCUUGCCGUAAUAGCCUGCUGCCUUUUAGCGCUCAGCGCUGCCAGCGAAUGGGGCUACCCGGAUCUGGACAACAAUCAGGAUGAGGCAUUUCCCAAGUGGGGCGGCCUUUGUGAUAAUGGCAAGAAGCAGAGUCCCAUCAACCUGCAUGUCAAGGGCGCACUGAAAGGCGAAUUCAGUGCACUUAAAUUUGAAAACUUCGAUGAGGAACAGGGCUCACUGCAAAUGGUCAACAACGGGCACUCAAUUCAACUCUCCGGCUUUGCGCAUGAUCUGACCCUCAGCGGUGGCGGCCUGGUCAGCGAUUAUGUUGUGGAGCAGAUACACAUGCACUGGUGGUCGGAGCACACUAUCAAUGACAUACGCUAUCCCCUCGAGGUGCACAUUGUGCAUAGGAAUAAGAUCUAUCCGAACAUGAGCAUGGCAGCCAACUUUAAGGAUGGCAUUACGGUGCUGGGCGUGCUCUAUCACGUCUCCAACACGCCCAAUGAGGCCAUUGACAGCAUCAUCAAGAGCUUGGACAGCGUGAAGAGCUAUGAGCGCAUUAAUAUUCCUGCACAUAUCGAGGACAGUUUGGCCGUGGACGAUUUGGUGCCCAGCGUGGAUACCUAUUUCACGUAUGCCGGCUCACUGACCACGCCCACCUGUGCAGAGGCCGUAACUUGGAUAGUGCUGACGAACACAUUUCCGGUCACACUCGACCAGGUGAAUCAGUUCAAGGAGAUUGAGUACGAAAAGGACAAGCAGCUGCACAACAAUUAUCGCGAACUGCAAAGCGAGAAUAAUCGAGCUGUGGUCCUUGUGGUCCAGCAGGAGCGCAGCUCCGCUGAUCAGCUGUCCACGCUGGGCAUGGGUCUGACCCUGCUGCUGGGCCUGGCUGUGCACAAAUUUCAGCUGUAAUUUGGCCAUGCAGCAGCAGCAGCAGUAGCAGCAGCUGCAGCCAUAGAGAUACACCAAAGAUUUUAACCAGAGAGCAAUGACAUACCAGACAAUUUAUACUCAUUAUUUGACGACAGGGUUCGAAGCUCUGCUUGAAAUUCAAAUAAAAACACAACAUGAAAUGCAACUAGUCAAUUUAUGUGACACUCAAAGCAUGUGCCUUGAACACUAGCAAUUUAAACUACGUUAAUCUAUUUAAUAAAAGAACAGUUUUAUAAGCA